AUGAGCGCCAGGGCGGAUGCGCUAACCGCGAACGGCUGCUUCUCGAAUGUCCUGGAUCUCGUCGGCUACAGACUGGGGUUCCUGGAAGUCAGCACCUGCAGGGAAGCCAACGCGGCCCCAGGACCUAUCGGGCCUGCGAUGAGUGUCGAGCAGCGAGGUCUAAGUGCUCUGGCGACCGUCCUGUUUUCCAGAGAUGUCGCCAGAACAACCAGCAAUGCUCGUUUCAAAGCUCUCCAGGUCAUAUGCAAACCGACCAGUUUCGAGGGUCUCCAUCAAAUGUCGACUUAUCAAUGCAGACUGAGACAGGUCUCGCUUCAGAUCCCGGGCACUCUGACCGUCAACCUGACGGAAUGCUCCCUUGCCUUGAAACUAGAUGACGACUUGGCUAAUGGGUCACCCAAGACUUCGCUACUGCACAUGAUGUGUAGUAUCGGAGCACAAUUUUAUGCUCUGGAAUACAGUGAAACAGUUGAACAGCUGUUGCCCAAGACAAUCCUUCUUGCUGGGAGUCACUGGGCAGCAAUAGCCAGAAGCCUCCUGCUUGCGAGUUUCGACCGAAUAUCUGUUGAGAAUCUGAUGGUCAACAGCCCAGCUGCUGUACGGCUAUUCUCUUCGAAUGGCAAUUACACCCAAGCUUUCAUGCUCAGUGCCCUCAUGACACGGAUGACCCACGCUCUCCAGAUCAAUCUAGAAUACACUACCGAUAUUCUCGGACAGCAUAGCGAUUCUAACACACUUUCAGUAACGGCUCGUGAGUCUCGUCGCAGGCUGAUGUGGAGCUGCUAUAUUACAGACGCUCAUUGCGGGAGUGGCGUCGACCAGCUUAUCCCCGUGGAUCUCAUGUCUCAAAAUUCGAUGAACAACAUCAGCAUAGCAGCAUACUUCAUCCAGCAUAUCGAGACGCGGAAACGUGUACUCAAGUACAUCAAACAUUAG